GCCAUCACUUCUCCAAGAGUGGCUGAGAAAACUUUAAUUGCAGGAAGUAAACUAGAAAAAAGGAACAUUAUCGCACCGUAAAGUUUAUUUCAGUGCCACCACAGCUUUUAAACUCGUCGCUUGAGAGGUGAAGCUGUGCUGAGAUAUUUCCGACUGCCUUACUGGAAUGUUUUAAAUAUGAAUGCAAGCCAGAUCAACGAGAGUCUCUCCUCAGCUAAGUGCACGCGGGACACCAGUGUCACCGGAGUCGUGUUCCCCUGUCUGUAUUCACUUCUGUUUCUGGGGGCCCUCCUUCUCAACAGCCUGGCCGCCUGGGUCUUCUUCCAGAUUCCCAGCUCUUCCACCUUCGUGGUGUACCUCAAAAACGUGGUGGUCGCUGACCUGCUAAUGACCGUGACCAUACUGAUUAAAGUGCUCGGUGACUCUGGCCUGGGGUCCUGGCAGCUGAAGGCUUUCACGUGCCGCUACUCUGCCGUGCUCUUCUACAUGACCAUGUACAUCAGCAUCAUACUGCUGGGGCUGAUCAGCUUCGACCGCUACCUAAAGAUCGUGAGGCCCUUCGGGAAGUUGUUCAUCCAGAAGGUGACCACCGGGAAGGUCCUGACCGUUGGCGUCUGGGUGGUGAUGUUCUCCAUGACCGCGCUGCCCAACAUGGUCCUGACCAACAGGGACCCACCCCUCAACACAACAAUAAAGUGCAGCUCUCUUAAGGGACCCCUGGGGCUGAAGUGGCAUGAGGCCGUCAACUACUUCUGCCAGUUCCUCUUCUGGGGCACCCUGGCUCUGAUGGUCUUCUGCUACACGUUCAUCAGCAAGAAAGUGUACGAGUCCUACCAGAACUCCCGCAGCUCCGCCAAAAACGCCACCAGGAAAACAAAGGCGAAGGUGUUCAUCGUGGUGGCCGUGUUUUUCAUCUGCUUCGCGCCCUUCCACUUCGCCAGAGUGCCCUACACACUGAGCCAGACCCGGAGCACGAGCAGCUGUGUGCUGCAGACCGUGCUGUACAUCACCAAAGAGACUACCCUUUGGCUGUCUGCCACAAACACUUGCCUGGAUCCCCUGAUAUACAUAUUCCUGUGCAAAUCAUUUAGGACAAAGCUGGCUGAAGCCCUGCGGCUCAAGUCUAAAUGCCUCUCUGCUGAAGGAGCGGAUUCGUUUGCUGAAACCUCUACCAAAGUUGAGGCAACAUCUUUGUAACAUGCGGCCUUCCCAUCAGAAUACAGUAGGAUUAUCUUCACAAUGAAAACCAUUCGUAGUGGUUUUGUAGACAAGCACAGCACAUUCUGCACAAACCCAGUGAAUGCAGGGUAGCAGCUGUAAGACCUGGCUAAAAUAAAGAGACGACAGGCAUGUGAGAAGACAAAGUCGUGCAACACACGAAUAUUCACACAAUUCUGCAAAACCAUCAAGUUAGUCGGGGCUGUUGUACCAGUGCAUCAUUGCGUUUUGGCGUACAUCGUGCUUUGUGAAUUUGUUACAGGACCACAUUGUUUCUGCAUUGUUGAUUUACUAAGGCCUGCUGAUAUCUAAGAUAUCUGGCCGUUGUCUGACUGUACUGAGGACUGAAAUACAGUAUGUCACUUGUGCAAAUAUUUUAGUUCAGAAAACUUGUAAAAUGUAUGGGACAUUGUAGAAGCUAAUCCAGAUAAGAUGCAUUAUAUUUUACUCCAUCAUGCUGUCCCACCUGGGCAAAAGAAUUUUUUAAUUUUUAAUUUAUUUUUGAGUGAUGAAAAAUAGUCAUGGAAUUCUAAAGUAUAAAACUACUGUAUAUAUGAUCUUCAUACAGGUGGCUACCUUUCUUUCUUUUUCUAACUUGAAACGUGGGUUUUAUACAUAUUCAAGCUGUUUUGUCAUGUUUUUAUUAUACUGUACAUGACUGAAUACAUCUUUUUCCUUUAUGAUUA